AUGCUGGAAGCCGGUGUAAAAGUUGAUCAAGAAUUCUCAACUGGUGGUAAUGGAGAUACCCAUCGAAGUGCCUUCAUGUUUGCCUGUCAUUCGGGCUCACUGACUACAAUACGUGCAUUAUUACAAGCUGUCGCAAGUAACUACGCUGAGCAUUAUAAAUGUAGGAACAGAAAGGCCUUCUGUUCUUCGUUCUUUGCAAAGCAGUAUUUAAUUCCGCAAACAAGUUGGGUCGAAGAAUCGUUUUCUACGACAGAUGGUUUGGAAAUGGUCUUUCCUAUUCACUUCGCCAUUGCUCGAGAUAACUUGGAAAUGGCAAGACAAAUAGUUACAUCUCCCAAUGAGGAGCUAGAGACACACAAUCUAUGGGAGCCCUUUCGACAUGGAGGUUUUACUCCUUUGCAUAUCGCCUGUUUGUUCAAUCGAUCCCUUGUCAUGAUUGAAUUAUUGCUUUCGUUUGGUGAGGCCGAAGCUAAUCCUGUACUUCGAACAUGUAGUCGCGGCAUGUUUGCUGAUCAAAUGACAAGUGAUCAAACAGUUAUCGAGUAUCUUCGUCCAAAACGUUUGUGUAUUAUUGCUGCAUUGGAACGAGAACGCUUAAAAGACUUGGAACAAAUGGAGUCUGGAAUACCCUAUCCAAUUUUCAUCAAACCGCUCUCAGGUCAGACAUUAACACUCACUGUCACUGGUCAUACAACGAUCGCUGAACUCGUACAAUACAUUCAGAAUGCAUGGGGUAUUCCAGCGGAUCAUCUAAAACUGCUCUUCCAGGGUCGUUCGUUAACAACAGACGAAUGGUUAAAAAAACUACCUAUUGUACACCAUAGCAUAAAAAAGGAUUCAAUUCUACAUAUUAUAUGUAGAAAUCCUAAAUGA